AUGGCACGAUACCUCACGCCUGCCAAGAUUGGCCUCCUCGGCCUCAUUGAGCUGUACACAGACGAACAUGUCCCCGCCACGGCAAUCAUCCCCGUACUCUCCUUCAUCACAUCCCACCUCCUCGACCCGGACCCCCAGAGCUUCACAAACACCACUAGCAAAGACACACGCUGGAGGAAAGCCGAGAGCACCGUCAGCCUCGUCAUCGGCAUCAAGGAUUUCGAAAAGCUGCUGAGCGCCCACUCCGUCGUCGUCGGCCUACCGGGUCGGAAGCUCUGGGACACAUUCCUCGCCAAGCUAUGGGGCAUCAACUCCCUCGACCUCCUCCACGACUUCUUCGCGCGCCAGUCGCAGUGCCUAGCUAAGACGAAAGAGGAAUUGCUGCGGGCGGCGGGCGGCGACGAGACCAUCGCCGCGCAGCUGUUGCAGGAGCAGCAGCAGAAGCCCGGGAUUACGCUGUCGAGGAACUCACCUCUGGGUCAGUUUGUGCGGCGAUGCCAGCUUGAGUUCACGAGGCUGCUUUUCCACGACGCAACGCAGCUCUGGACGGAUUUCGUGCAGUAUCGGCAGCCUACAGCGGGGUACCUCCGGAAGAGAAACCCUUCCUUUGGCCGGCUUAGCUUCGACAAUGUUCUCAUGACGGGCGAACAGUCAGAGUGGGACUUGGAGGGUGUUGCGGCGCUCACGUCUGUUGUCUAUGGCGAUAUGGUGAGGAACGGAACUCCUGCUGCUGUGCCGGUGAGCACAGACGACAUUGAGCUCUUACUGGAGUUCCAAAUCGAGCAAAUGCAGAAAUUCGGCAACCGAAUACCAUUGGAACUGAGGAACCAAUUUCAUGACCUUCUCGGCGACAGUUUUCUCGUGCCUAGCUUGAGGCAUUAUCUAAGGCAAAUGAGUAGCCUUUUGACACUCUGUAGUUUCCUUGAUGCCUGGAGAUCAGGCGACUAUCCUACAGCGUUCGACUUCCUCCAUCAAUAUUUUGACUACACGAUGCAGAACCGAGACAGACUAUUCUAUCAAUACGCCUUGAUGAACCUAGCAGUCUUGCAAGCAGACUUUGGGUGCUACAGAGAAGCCGUCGCAGCGAUGCUCGAAACCGUAUCGACGGCCCGCGAGAACCGCGACAUGACUUGUCUAAACUUUGCACUUAGCUGGCUCUUCCACUUUGGCAGAGCCCACCCGGACCUUGUCAGGGAUCUGGAGGCAGACAGUCUACUCGGCACGGCCAAGGAGAGUCUUUCCUACCUGCGAGUCAAGGCGAAGGAGACGGGCAUGUGGACGCUGUGGGCGUCGGUGCUGCUCAGCGAGGCGAAGCUCGGCCUGGCAAACGGCGAGAGCGUGGCGACUUCGGUCGAACUUGUGGUCCGCAGCUCCCAUCUCAUCGUCGAGCGGAACAUGAAGAACAUGUUUGGCGCCCAGCUGUCCAUCUUGAUCGCGCUGUGGGAUAGGCUGGGAUUGUCGCAGCUCUCAGCCAUGGACUGUGAGAUUUUCCUUCGGUGUCACGCCAGGCACUCCAUCUUUGACGACGAGCUCAAGGUCACAUCGCGCUUGGCGUCGCAGCUCGCGGCGAAGGGCAAGUUCGACGAAGCGCUGCAGAAACUCGAGGCCCUCGAUGAGAAUGCCCUCCGGUCGUGGAAGCCCAGCCAAUACUGGUACAAGUACCGCGGCAUCAUCAAGCUGAAGCGGGACCUGCACCAUAACAAUCUCGACGGCGCAGAACAGCUCCUGUCACAACUCUUGCAGUCCAAAAAAGACGACUUGGAACCGGACAUGGCCUUCGUCGUUGACUUCCUCCACAUCGACUGCCUCACGCGGAGAGGGGACCUACAGGCGGCCUUCAACAAAGUCGAAGACAUGCUGGCGGCGAUACGCGAUGAUAAGAGAGACGUUUCGCUCCGCGUAAGGCUCAUGCUGAUCAAGGUCCACCUAUAUGACAAAUGCGGGCGUCCGCAGCGUGGCUUCACCAUCGCUAUGCGCGCGGCCAGCAUGGCGUGGAGGGCGAGGCUGGUCUCCUGUCUGUGGCAGGCCAUCGGCGCCAUCGCGAAUAUUCUAUCGUCGCUGGGCGAGUUCGAGGCCUCAGCACAGCUACUAACCGCCGUCCUGCCGCGGAGCCUCGAGUGCGAUUCCGCGGCGCUGAGCGGGCAGCUGUACUCGUACCUUGCCGACGCCAACAUGGGCAUGGCGGGGACGAUGGCGCCGCAAUCGGCCAAGAGGCGGGAGUACCUGACCCGGGCUACGGGUGCUAUACAAAAGGCGUUUGAUCAUUAUUCGAGCAUCGAGGAUAUCACGAGGCAGUGCGAGAUGAUGGCUAAGAAGGCGACUAUCAUGAAGGUUGCGGGGGAUAAGGUGUUGGCGGCGGAUUAUGCGGCUGCGUAUGUAGCUCUGCGCAAGGAGGCGGCGGCACUUGCGAUAUGA